CAUCCUCGGUCCCAAAGCACUAAAACCUUGGUUUCCUUUAGCUGGUUUCGGAAAAAGCACCCUCAGUGUGAGCCACCCAUCGCCAUCCCGCCCAGCCCGGAGACGAAGGAUCGGUGGAGGAGCAUGACGGUGGUGCCUUACUUGGAAGACCUCCAUGGUUACAACGAGGAGGAGGAGGAUGACUUAAAAGACGACUACCUGGAGGACGAGAUCAUUUACACUCAGGACUUCACCAUGCCAGGUGAAGGCGAGGCAGGGCUUAGAGAGGAGGAGGACAGCACAGAGCAAGAGGGAUGGCUUGCAUUCCUGUUUGGAGAUGGCGACCUGCUGCACGGUGCGGAGGAAGGAAGGAGCGAGCAGCUUAGCUUAGAUGGCCCGAGAAAGCAGAAAGAGCAGGACGAAUCCAGGACGGCUUGUUUCUCUUCUAACUAGAACCGCUGGGGUCCUAGGGGGAGGGGAGGGGAGGGGAGGGUCACGGCGAAACCUACCUUGGGCUGUUUUCUUGUGACGGACUAUCUGUCCCAGGGCCCUCAGGGGCACAGGGAGGGACCCAGCCCUCCUGCUUAAUAGGGGUGCUUUGGGCACUGGGAGUGUCUCCUCUUUCAAAGAAGUCUCCCUCACCUGUUGUGGCCUCCAAGCCUUCCUGAACCCCAGUUAGGCAUCACCGUUCCCUUGCACCUGCCUGGUCAUCCUUUGAUUCCCGUUUCCCUCUUACCUGCACCACUUUCUCGGCCCGGCAGCUCCUUGUCUUUUUCCAGGAAAGGUAAGAAGGGCACAAGGGGCCUCUUUGGCAUGGUUGACAAAGGAGAAGACCAACCCUCAACCUGUUUCAACAUAGUGGGAACCCGGGACCAGAGGAGUGGCUAUAGAGUCACCCUGAAACUUAGAAAUGCUCCCCUUGCGUAGCCAGGGAGGCGAAAAUGCACAAUGUACACAGGAUUGUUAUUGUUUUGUUAUGUUAUUGUUGUUCAGUUUUCUAAGGAGGUCCUUAAAACCUUCUGUUUGAAAGGGUUGCCAAGCAACUCCGCUCGUUGAGUAGGCGUCCCUUAGUGUGGGAAUGAGGUGGCCUUGGACAGCAAGGACUGUCUCUUUUCUUUCUCCCUUCCUACACACCUCCUCUUUUACUCCAGGUUGUAGCCUUCCCCAAAAAUUGGCCACCGAGCAAACAUCAUCCAUUGGCCCAGCUUGGUUAGAGGAAAUGGAGUUUGGGGUGGGUGCCUUGUCGGGUUGCUAGCUGGCCAGGUUUCACCAGGAGCAAGCCCCCAAGAUCCCUUGCUCUGCUGCUUAACCGGGCAUC